CCUCACAACCCCUUCAACCGAUGUGCGUGAGGUGGGAGAGACACACAGUUUUCAGCCGAUGAUUGAAACACAAUUGUUACACUUUAUGCGAUAACUGCGUGUUUUUGUAUGACGGUUGGCAGCAGAUUUAAACGAACCGGUUUUAUUGUCGAACUGAAGUCAUCAGCGCGUGCCUGCGCUCCGGGCGAAGCUCCUCAGGUGUUUGUGCUGCUGCUACAUCUGAGGAAACGCGUUCAACUUCGUGGAUUAAAUGUUUCGAGAUCGAUAAAAACGUGAUUUGAACGUUGUCAGUUCCGCUGUCUUUUUGACUUUCUUUUUUGACUUCUCAUACUUAUUCGGAGGGAUAUACUCAAAGGCCACGUGCAACAGGUCCAGGAUGGAACAUGAAGCAGAGAAAUACCAGCAGCGACUGCAGGCUAUAACGGAGAAACGGCGUCUACAGGAGGAACAGGAGCGUGCCAAGAGAGAGAUAGAGGACGAGAGACUGAGACUUCAGCAGCUUAAGAGGAAGUCUCUCAGAGACCAAUGGCUGAUGGAAGGACCCCCCACAUCACCUGACAGCACAAGCCCUCGAUCGCCUCUCUGGGGCUCUAAAGCUCAGGAGAUUGAGACGCGCAUUAACAAAUUACAGGAGACGUCCGAACGGUUGGCGGAGGAAGAAGUCAAACUGAAGGAACAUAUUGAAGAUGGCUUCGAUCUAACAAACUCAGAUGCUCAACCACACGAUAAGCAGGAGCAGGAGGAGGCGGAGCCAGCUGAAACACCUGUCCACUCUGUGUCAGAGCAAACCACCUUAGUUACUGAGACCGUCCCUAAUGGACCCGUCGUGGAGAAUGGAAAAGACGAAAAGAAAGAUGAAUCUGUGCACGCUGAGAAUCACAAUUCAGAGGAGGCAGAAGCGGUCAUUGAUGUCGAGGUUAAAGCAGCAGAGACGACAACAACUGCUGCUGUUAUUAAUGGAAGUGUGGAAGAAGAAACAUCACACAAAACCUCAGAAGAAGAAGAAGAAGAAGAAGAAGAAGCAGCACCUCACACCAAUGGCUUGCACCCGGCUGAAGGUGUUGGUGCGGGUGGCGUCACCAUGACUUUCUUGGGCUUCAAGGAGGCGGAGCCUGGGCAGGGAACGGAUGAGGAUUAUGAUGCUGUAGCACUUAUCCGAGCAGAAAGAGUGAUCAUUACAGAUGAAGGGGAGGAAAUUGUAGAGGAAGAUGACGGCGAGACGCAGGAAUCUGCAACGUCUGACGCGAACGAAGAAGAAUCCGAUCCAAUUGGUGUGUGGGAGGAGACUGAGAUCCAUCCUGAAUUGAAGCAAGACGAAACACCUGAAGCCCACCGAAAUGAAGCCAGUUCUGCUAAGGUGGUGGUUACAGACAUGUCAGUCGAAGAAGAACAGAGAGAAGGUCAAGAGCGUCCGGAUUCCCAGACGCAGAACCAAACCGAGACACUAGAUGCCGCUGUGGAGGUUUCCCAGGCUCCUGUGUGUUCCACAACACAACCAUCUCCUCCAGCCCGAUCAAAGACUGAGGCCACCGAAUCACGACUCCCAAAAGAAGUGAAGGCCGUGGCAAACCCGCGCAUCUCCCUCAGCGAAUUUCAGGAGGUUCCUCUGGAUGGAGGAGAAACGCUGGAGGCCGCCACUAAGACGGGAGGUAAGAGACAGCCUGCUGAACAGCAUCCUCUGCUCGCCUCCAAAACGGCUGCCCAGACGGACACCAGCAGCCCGAAUCGGGCAGAGGACGCGGGUGCACCCAAGCGCAAAACCUGCCAAUGCUGUUCGGUCAUGUGAACGUAAAGUUGUGUUGACUUCAAGAGGUUCAUACAUUCGGCUGUACGUUAUACAAACACUCGCAGCAGAACGAAUCUUUUCUCUUCAUUAACGUUCACUGUGUCUUAUGUAUCGUUACUAAAAAAACUAAAGGAAAGUGCAAAAUCUAAAGACUUCCUUCCUUGCGAUUCUCUAUCAGAAUUGGAUUCCCAUCAUUCUCAUCUGUGUCAAUGAAAAGUACACAUAUACAUGGAGGAAAAGCGAUUGUGGUUGCAUUCCCAUCAUACCUCUGGUGUUUUUAUGAGGAAUGACUCUAAUGCGUCGGCUGCUGGCCCUAGACGGUUUUAACACUACCAUGUAAAAAGGUUUUGUUUUUUAUUAACAACAUGUCGUGACGGUGAUGAACUAUCAUCUACCUACAAUAGCGUAAUACUGUAUCACAAAGCAUUUGUGUGCCUUGAAUAUGAAUCAAAAACCUGAUCUUAUAUUUUGCAGAGAGAAAUGGUCAACUUUGAUUUUAUACGUGCAUUAUCAUGAUCAUCUUUAGAUUUUCAAUGCGAUUUUAUUGUUACGGUGCCCAUAACUGCCUGACAGAAGUGUUUUGAGGCCGAAAGUGACAUUGUGUAACUGCUGUGACCCUAUGAAAGAAUAAUAUACGUCUGUUUUAACAAAGAUUAGCUUUGUUUUUGUGGAUGCUUUUUAGCUAUUCAAAACAGCUUCGUACAUAUGUAAUCACUAUUGUGCAAAGUUUUCAGUUGACUCCGAGACCAUCGUAUUUUUGAACGUGGAAAUUUUAAGUCUGAUGCAAAUUCUCAGUGCCUUUACUGAGUGCCUUGUAUGUACAGUAUGCUGUAUAUGAGUUGAAUGCAGAGUGGUUAAGGAUUUUGUAAAGAAAGUUUACUUUGGAAACAUGUUGGAAACAUGAUAGAAUGUUAUCUGGGAUGUUCUUUUGAGGCGGAAAGACUGAAUAAACUCCCAACAAAGUGAA